AUGAAAUAUGAGGAUGAGAUGAAAAGAUAUAAAUUAAGGUACAUUAGCUGGGUGCAUGUGUUUCAAUUUGGUGCUCUGGCACUGUCAGUGGAAUGAGAGAGAAAGAAAGAGAUAGUGAGUAGUCACGCGUAUUUAAAAAGAAUUUGGCUCCUUGCGCGCUCUUCAAUCCCACGCCUUCUUAAUCCUUCACAUUUCACCCACGCCUUCCAUUCAUCAUCACUUCCAGACUAGCCAAUCUCUUACCCUUUUAUAAUUGGUAGUACUUCCAUUCCAUCAAAUGCUAUAGCUCUUUCACUUACGUGUCACGUACUGCAAAAUUCAACAUAUUGUAUAGGAUAUAUAUAUAUAUAUAUAUCUCGAUCGAGAGAGAGAACAGAAGAGGUAGUUAAGUCAGACAAAUAUAAGAAUGAGUAAUAAUGGAUGGUUUAUUAAACAUUGUUUGGUGGUGGUGGUGAGUAUUAUUAUGAUGAGAUCAUGGGGUAGUGCAGAAAAUGUCACAUAUGAUGGCAGAUCUCUUAUUAUUGAUGGCCACAGACGAUUGCUCUUCUCAGGUUCAAUCCAUUAUCCUCGUAGCACUCCUGAGAUGUGGCCAUACUUGAUUGAAAAAGCCAAAGAGGGAGGAGUUGAUGUGAUUCAGACAUAUGUGUUUUGGAACCUUCAUGAGCCCAAACAGGGAGAGUACGAUUUCAACGGUCGAUACGAUUUAGUCAAAUUCAUAAAGGAAAUCCAAUCACAAGGACUUUAUGCUUGCCUUAGGAUUGGACCAUUUAUCGAGAGUGAAUGGACUUAUGGAGGGUUUCCAUUUUGGCUGCAUGAUAUACCCAAUAUCACUUUUCGAACUGAUAAUGAACCAUUUAAGUUUCACAUGAAAAAUUUCACAACAAUGAUAGUAAGCAUGAUGAAGUCGGAGAGUUUGUAUGCUUCUCAAGGAGGACCAAUAAUAUUGUCACAGAUUGAGAAUGAAUAUGAGAAUGUAGAAGCAGCAUUUCAUGAAAAAGGAGCCUCCUAUGUUCGUUGGGCAGCAAAAAUGGCUGUUGAUCUUCAGACUGGUGUGCCAUGGGUGAUGUGCAAGCAAAGUGAUGCCCCAGAUCCUGUGAUUAAUACAUGCAAUGGAAUGAAAUGUGGAGAAACUUUCAAAGGGCCAAAUUCGCCAAACAAGCCAUCACUUUGGACAGAGAAUUGGACAUCUUUCUUGCAAAUAUAUGGUGGGGAAACUUACAUAAGAUCAGCUGAGGAUAUUGCUUAUCAUGUGAUACUUUUUAUUGCAAGAAAUAAUGGAAGCUAUAUUAAUUAUUACAUGUACCACGGUGGAACAAAUUUUGGGAGAACUGGCUCUGCAUAUGUUAUAACAAGUUACUACGAUCAAGCUCCUCUUGAUGAGUACGGUCUUCUACGACAGCCAAAGUGGGGUCAUUUAAAGGAGUUGCAUGAUGUAAUAAGAAAUUGUUCUCAAACUUUACUAGCGGGAGCACCAACAAAUAUUUCCUUAGGCCAAAAUCAAUCGGCAUUUAUUUUCAGUGAAGAAGAAAGAUGUAUUGCAUUUCUCAUCAACAGUGAUAUAAGAAAUAACUAUACUGUACAAUUUCAAAAUCAAUCCUACAUGUUGAUGCCAAAAUCUAUAAGUAUUCUUCCAGAUUGUGAAAAUGUUAUUUUCAACACAGCACAGGUAAGAACAAAUUCCAACAUGAGAAUUACAAGACCAAUUCUGAGAUUUGAAUUAAUGGAAAGAUGGACAGAAUAUAAGGAAGUUAUUCCAAAUUUUGAAGAUACCAAAAUAAGAGCUAGUACACUACUUGAGCAUAUGAAUAUGACCAAAGAUCAAACAGAUUAUAUUUGGUAUACUUUGAGGUUCGACCACAAUAUUUCUUCAAAUGAAGCAAUGCUUCAUGUAGAGUCUCUUGCACAUGUUGCACAUGCUUUUUUGAAUGAUGACUAUCUGGGAAAUGCACACGGAAAUAAAAGUUACAAUAAUUUCAUCUUGGAGACUCCUCUUAUUCUUAAUGGUGGAAUAAAUAAUAUUUCUUUCCUCAGUGUUAUGGUUGGACUUCCGGAUUCUGGGGCUUUCCUAGAGAAGAGAUUUGCUGGAUUAACUAAUGUAGAAAUUUAUAGCAAAUUUGGAAAUGAAUCUUACAACUUUACAAAUUACGAAUGGGGAUAUCAGGUCGGAUUACUUGGGGAGAAGUUGGAAAUAUAUAAAGAACAAAAUUUGAAUAAUGUUGAAUGGAAUAAAUAUGAAGACCCCUCCAAUCAUACCACACUCACUUGGUAUAAGGUUGUAUUUGAUUCACCAAAGGGAAAUGAUCCACUUGCUUUAAACCUUAGUUCAAUGGGAAAAGGUGAAGCUUGGGUAAACGGAAAUAGCAUUGGUCGUUAUUGGGUUUCAUUUCUUACUUCAAAAAAUGAACCAUCACAGUCACUGUACCACAUCCCUCGAUCAUUUCUCAAAGAAUCAGAAAACCUUUUAGUGUUGCUUGAAGAAGUUGGUGGAAAUCCUCUUCAAAUUACAUUGGACAUAAUUUUUGUCACCGAUUUGAAUGAAAACAACUCAUUCAAUCACCUCCACCAAUCAUCCUUCUAAUGCUGAAAUAAUUUGUUUAUCUUACAAUUAUUUUACAAUGUAUGGAACUAUCACUAAAAAAUAUGAGUUAAUGUGAAUAUAAUUCAUAAAAAUAUGAAAUAAUAUGUGAGAAAUGCACAUAUGUUCGUUUUUUCUUAAUGCAGAAAUUAUAUAGAGAUAAUUCCGUUCAAAAUACUAAUGUAUUUUGUUUAUUGUACUUUUAUAUUUAUUAUUGUACGAUAAAAAAUAUUAAAAUAUCACAAGAAUAGUAUGAUCAUUUGUAAUGUAUGACAUUCUGAGAGAGUAUUUUAUAAAUUUUGGUUAAUUUUUUGAGCAUGAUAAUAAUAUGAGACUAAUAUUUUUAGCUAAAUAAUCAUAAAUUACAAAUUACAUUUCAUUAAAAAAACAAA